AUGCGGGGCCUCUUGCGAGACAACUGGGGCCACCAGGCCCUGCGCGGUUUGCAGCUGCCCGUCAUCAACGCUCUGAUGUCUGGAGAGGACGUGUUUGCAGUGAUGCCGACGGGCUCUGGCAAGUCUUUGUGUUACCAGCUUCCGGCCAUGGUCCGAGACGGGACGACCAUUGUGGUGUCGCCUCUCUUGAGCUUGAUGGAAGACCAAGUCUUAAGCCUGCGGGGCCGUGGAGUUUCUGCAGCACGGUUUGGGAGCGACACCACCCAAAAGGCGACAAUGCAGGUCUUCGACGAUUUAGCCUCGGGUGAAAUUCAGCUGCUGUAUGUAUCGCCUGAGAAAAUGGUGGGUGCCAGUGAGAAGGCACAGGUUUCAAGUAAGUUGGGUUCCAUUUUAAAACAGUUGUAUGAUUCCGGACGGUUGGCACUGCUGGUCGUUGAUGAGGCGCAUUGCGUGUCUCAAUGGGGCCUGGAUUUUCGCAGCGAUUAUCGCAAGUUGUCGUUCAUGAGGGCCCGCUAUCCUGGCGUGCCCAUGUUGGCGGUGACCGCCAGUGCAACGGCAGCGGUGGAAAGGGAUGUGCUCAAGAACUUGCGAAUGGAAGGAGCCGUGCGCUUCCACGACACCUUCGACAGACUCAACCUCUUCAUGGAGGUGCGCCCUAAGCAAUCGGAAGACCAAACAAUCCAAGAGCUGGUGGCACUGGUGUCCGCUCCAUCUCCAAAGCCAGCGUGCGGUGUGGUGUACGUCCUGGCGCGGCGUGAGGUGGAGCAAGUGUGCCAGACCUUGUGUGAGCUUGGAGUGCCUUCAUGCCCUUACCAUGCUGGGCUUCCCGCUGAUGUUCGGCGCGAUUCCUUCACCAAGUGGAUGCGGGGCGAUUGCCAACUCAUCGUGGCAACGGUGGCCUUUGGCAUGGGCAUUGACAAGCGGGAUGUCAGGUUUGUGUUCCACAUGGACAUGCCUUCAUCCAUUGAGAAGUAUCAUCAAGAAAUUGGCCGUGCUGGAAGGGACGGGCGACCUUGCCGCUGCGUUCUGUGGUUCUCGAGGGCCGAUGUCAAAAGGAACAAGGACAUGGCACAGAAGCAGUACGAGGUCAAGAGAUGUGAAGAUGCUGGCAAGUUCUUCGGCGACGACAGCUGCCGCCAUGCUGGCUUACUGAAGUACUUCGGCGAGGUACCUUCUUUUCGCAACUGCGGCUCUUGCGAUGUGUGCUGCCGCCGGAAGCUCGGGUUAGCAACGUUCGGGCAAACUCAACGUGAUGUCACGCAAGAGGGCCAAAAACUUCUGCAACUGGCAGAAGCCCUCAUGAAGCAUGGUGUAACUUCAGCCAAGCUUCGCGAUGUAGCACGGGGGCGCAAGGUCGACGGAACAAAGGCGCUGACCGCCGCGAUUGCAGCUGUCCAGGAUGUGGGCGUGUUAAAGGACUUCAGUCACCAGCAAGUCGAGGAUCUGAUCAGCAAGAUGUUGCAGAGCAAGGUUCUGACCGAGUACAAGGACAAGAUGUUUGGCAAGGGCAAGGGGAAGUACAGACAGGUCUUGCGGCUGAAGGUGGGCCCUGCCGCCGAGAAGCUCCGCAAAGGAACGCUCAAGCUGCAUCUGCCGGUGCCCGGUGGUGGAUCUUCCGACCAAUCCGACCCCCAGAUGCCAGAUGCAGACGCCGCAGCGGCGAAAGAAGAGGAGGAGACCCCGCCACAGCUCCCGCCGCAGCCAAUCAAAAGGCGGCGGCUAACGACUGCCAAAGCAAAAGCGGCUGAUAAGGAAGCUGAGAAGGGGUCAACUCCACUGCAAGCUUCCCGUUCCUCGAAGAUGACGGCAAGCUCGAAGGCUCGCCUUUUCUCAGCCCAUAGGGACGACCCGAUCGAGGAGGAGAAGGAUGCAGAGGCAGUGCCUGGAGCACAAUGGCCACCAGAAGUGCUAGACAGCAGCGGAGAUGAGCUUGUUUGGGUCGGCGGAGGGGAGGAGCUGGAGACACCACAAACUCCAGGUCGAAAGCGCCGGGAGCCGCAGACGCAGAAAGAGGCCAAAGCCGCCUCGAGACCAAAGCGACAGCAUGCAGGGACAAAGCAGAUGACACAGCCUCAGCACGAAGCGGCCUCGCCUGAGACGGCGCGUAGAGCUGAGCAGGAGGGUGACAAGCCACUGCCGCCAUGUGAAAGCUUACCGUCGCUGCCUUCGGGACAGCCCGUGGCUUCACCAGUGCGCUCUUGCGAAGCUCAGGCACAUCUGCCGCAGACGGCGAUGCCGGCUGGCACUGCAUAUCUCAUGAGCCAGCAGGAGGCGGAGGGCGUGGCUCCUCAGCCUGGACGGCGGCACCUGCCGUGGCUCGUGCAAGAAGAUGCUGUGCCCCAUGCGCCGCCGGAGCAAUCUCUGCAAAACUCCCCUGCAGCCGAUGCGGAGCAAGGAGCCAUUCGAGCAUUGCCUUCCCGGGCAGCCAGACGAAAUGUACUCCGUGUGGCCGGCUUCCCGAAGCCAAGUGCUGUCCAGUGA